AUAGCGCCCUCUGGGUGGUAUAUAAAUUGACGUCAUCAAGUUUUCUUCUGCCAUUUUGAAUUCUUCGACGAACAUGUCUCAUCGUAAAUUCAGUGCCCCUCGUCAUGGGUCUAUGGGCUUCUACCCCAAGAAGCGGUCCCAAAGACACCGCGGAAAAGUCAAGGCUUUCCCCAAGGAUGACCCAUCAAAACCCGUUCAUUUGACGGCUUUUAUCGGUUAUAAGGCCGGUAUGACCCACGUGGUUCGUGAGGCAGACAGGCCUGGGUCAAAAAUAAACAAGAAAGAAAUUGUGGAAGCGGUCACUAUUCUCGAGACACCUCCAAUGAUGAUUGUCGGCGUUGUGGGSUACAUUGAGACUCCUCACGGUCUCCGCGCUUUGGCKACCAUCUGGGCCGAGCACUUGUCUGAAGACUGUCGCAGACGCUUCUACAAGAACUGGUACAAGAGCAAGAAGAAGGCUUUCACUAAAGCCUCAAAGAAAUGGAAUGACGAUUUGGGCAAGAAAUCAAUUGAACGCGACUUUAAGAAAAUCAUCAAGUACUGCAAAGUCGUCAGGGUCAUUGCCCAUACUCAGAUGAAAUUGCUCAACCAACGCCAGAAGAAGGCCCACAUUAUGGAAAUCCAACUGAAUGGUGGUACUGUGGUCGAUAAAGUGCAAUGGGCUCGCGAACACCUCGAAAAGCCCAUCCCAAUAGCCCAAGUUUUUGCCCAAGAUGAGAUGAUCGAUUGUAUUGGUGUCACCAAGGGUAAAGGAUACAAAGGUGUGACGUCGCGUUGGCACACUAAGAAGCUGCCCAGGAAGACCCAUAAAGGGUUGAGAAAGGUCGCUUGUAUUGGAGCGUGGCAUCCGUCACGUGUCUCGUUCACUGUAGCCCGUGCUGGUCAAAAGGGUUACCACCAUCGUACCGAAAUGAACAAGAAAAUCUACAGAAUUGGGGCUGGUAUUCAUACCAAGGAUGGCAAGGUCAUUAAGAACAAUGCCUCGACGGAGUACGACUUGACAGAGAAGACUAUUACGCCAAUGGGUGGCUUCCCUCAUUACGGUGAAGUAAACAAUGACUUCAUUAUGAUCAAAGGAUGUUGCAUGGGCCCCAAGAAACGUGUUAUUACGUUGAGGAAAUCAUUAUUGGUUCACACUAAACGUGUGGCUCUUGAGAAGAUUAAUCUUAAGUUUAUUGACACUUCGUCUAAAUUUGGACAUGGUAGAUUCCAGACUGCGGCCGAUAAAGCCGCUUUCAUGGGUCCACUCAAAAAGGACAGGAUCAAGGAAGAGGAGAAAACUGCGCCAACUGCUAGUUCUUAAAAUUUUUAUUGUAUUAUUUGUACAAUAAAAUAAGAGUAAAAAGA